AGUAUUCCUUCUUUUAUGCAUAUAUACAAGAAAUGGAAGAGAGACUUCUUGAAUCAGAAGAAAAAGAUAUUAGUGAUUUGAAAAGAAGGAUUUGGGUUGAACAAAAAAAAAUAUGGAAGGUUGGAUUUCCUUCUAUGUUAGCAAGAGUAACACAAUAUGGAAUGUUCGUAGUAACACAAGCAUUCAUUGGACGUGUUGGUGAUGUUCAACUUGCAGGCUAUGCCCUCGUUCAAAUCAUUACCGUUCGAUUUGCAAAUGGGUUUCUGCUAGGCAUGUCAAGUGCAACAGAGACUCUAUGUGGACAAGCAUUUGGAGCCGGACAACAUUAUAUGAUGGGAAUUUACUUGCAAAGGUCAUGGAUUAUAAAUAUGGUAACUGCAACAUUAUUGCUUCCUGUAUUUAUUUUCUCAGGAAAACUAUUUAAACUUAUUGGUGAAGAAGAAGAAAUAGCUGACGCUGCUGGAUAUAUCGCUUUGUGGUUCGCUCCAAUUCUGUAUUUCUUUUGCUUUGCAUUUCCUCUCCAAAAAUUCUUACAAUGUCAACUAAAGAAUAUGAUUGUUGGAUGGCUUUCUGCUGUUUCAUUUGUGCUUCAUAUGAUCUUGUCGUGGAUUUUUGUCAGUAAAUUGAAUUGGGGAAUUCCUGGAGCAAUGAGUUCUAUGAUUAUUUCAAGUUGGUUGGUGAUAAUUGGAGGGGUAGUUUAUGUGUUUGGUGGGUGGUGCGGUAAUACCUGGAAAGGAUUCACUUCAGCUUCGCUUUCUGAUUUAAUUCCUGUAGUUAAACUCUCAAUAUCCUCUGGGAUUAUGCUUUGCUUAGAGGUGUGGUACAAUGCUCUGUUAGUCCUCUUGGCAGGAUACAUGAAAAAUGCCACAACUGAGUUAUCUGCCCUCUCCAUCUGCCUUAAUAUCUCAAGUUGGGAACUGAUGCUUUGUGUUGGCUUCUUAACUUCCGCUAGUGUGAGGGUUGGGAAUGAACUGGGAAGAGGAGAUGCAAAAGCUGCAAAAUUUUCAGUUAAAGUAAUACUGAGCAGUUCAGUUUUGAUGGGAGUCUUCUUCUUCGUCAUUUGUUUAGCAUUUGAUCGCGACAUGGCUAAAAUAUUCACAACUAAAGAAAACGUUAUGGAAGCAGUAUCUGAUCUCUCCAUCCUUCUUGCUUUCUCAGUUCUGCUCAAUAGCGUUCAAGCACUACUUACAGGCGUGGCCGUAGGAUCUGGCAGACAGGGUACGGUUGCUUACAUUAAUAUAGCUAGCUAUUACCUUGGUGGGGUGCCAAUUGGAGUUAUUCUUGGAUAUGUGGCUCAUCUUCAAAUAAAGGGAAUAUGGAUUGGAAUGGUAGUUGGAGUUGUACUGCAAGUUCUUAUACUUGGGUAUAUUACAGCAAGAACUAAUUGGGAUGAACAGGUCAAAAAAGCAUCUGAUCGUCUCAAUCGUUGGUCCUUGAAGUCUUCAGAAGAAUUUGAUGAUGAAGAUUCCAUCAGAGAAAGAUUAAACGGCUAAUCUCUUUAUUUUCUAGAUAAAAUCCGCUUCGAUUCAAGUUUAAAUUUGGAAUCUCAAAAAAUUAGAGAUUAGAUAUAUGUAUGUUACUAAAUUAAAACUCAUUAGAGAUAUAAAUCUAAUAAAGAUCAUAUGUGAUUAGGUUGGUCCUCUCAUAUCUUAUAAAAGAUGUAAAGUCUCAAGUUUAAAAAAUCUCCACUGUAGAAGUUUUGGUGAAUGUUAUUCAAAGGGUAAGACUUUUUUUU